AACCACAGAAUUCUGUGGCGUAAACUCAGAAUUGUAAACAUUGAAAAGUGAAAGGACCAAGUCGAGCCGCUAGCCGCUAGCCUUGCCAAGAAGUUGCUUUCACUUCAGCCUACUCUGUCGUCUCUAUGCUAUAGUCAUAGUGCAGACAGACGAAGCCACCAUGCAACAUAGUCCACUCAAGUAUUGCCCUCCCAGCUUGACGUUUGAGGAGGAUGGUUGUAAAGUGAAAGUUGAGGGAAACCUCAUGACCAUCACCGUCAAAGGCCAACAGGCCUUCAAGAGAGAAAUGAAUGAAAUUAAGAAAACACCGUUUGAUAUCACACUUCAGGUUGGCUCUGCAGACUGUCAGGUGAAAGCCCACAAGGAGGUUUUGGCGAAUAAAGUGGACUAUUUCAAGGCCAUGUUUUCAGAGAAUUUUGCAGAAAGCUCCCAGUCUGUUGUAGAUCUUGGGGAAUAUGUGGAUUUUCAAACUGUAUCAAAGCUGAUUGAGUUUUUCUACAAGGGAAUCAUGCAUGUUGCGGCCACUGAUGUGCAGAAAAUGUUUCAGCUCUCUGACAUUUGGAGUAUGUCUGGAAUCUACGCAAUGUGCACAAGGUUUAUGGAAUGGGAACUGGAUGUAUCGAACUGCUUAGAUUUGCUGAAACUUGCCAAGACUCACAGCUGUGAGAAGCUGGGCCAGGCUUGCUGUCAAGUGAUUCGCUUGUACUUCCAGGCUGUGGUGCACACAGAGGCUUUUUUGGAGCUGUCGGCACGAGAUCUUGUCGAAGUUCUCCGUGAGGACGGGCUGAGAACAGGUCCCCGUGGAGAGGAUUUUGUCCUGGAGGCGGUGCUCAAGUGGUACAAGCACGACCGAGACGCCAGGGUGCACGACCUUGAGGAGGUCCUGGGUCAUGUGAGUGUGUCGGAGGUCUCCCAGGAUUUGAGGAGACAACUCUUGGAUGACUCUGAUGUAGAGGGCAAACAAGAGCUUGAGAGACGAUUUCAGCAACAGGAUACAGAGGUCCCGAGGAAGUGUACACAUCACUUCAUGAUUAUUUGUGGAUUCUUACAGUCUCGGACAGGUCCAACGUGCCCGCGGACACCAACAGUAGAGAAGUACGACCCAGGAAGUGACACGUUAUCCACCGUGUGUAGCUUACCGGAGGCUCCGUCGUACGGCGUCGCGUUAAACCUGAUGGGAUACGUGACGUUUUUUGCUGUGUACAUGACAGUGGAGCCCGACAGGAACGAUUGUUCUCACACGACGGUAGUUUACGUUUACAACCAUCUGUUCGAUAAGUGGGACCGGGACGACAGAGUGUUCACCGAGGCUGCCCGCGAUGGAAUCACGCGAUGCUUGACGCACGGAGGGACUGUGGCUCACUGCACGGUGAACAACGUGAUUUAUGCGGUCAGGGUGGAAGAAUCAAUCGCCAUUGAUGUCAAGUGUCAAGAUGGAGAUAUCUUGUGUGAUGUGAAAAGACCCCUGCCCAGCUUGACCACUGUGCUAGACGCCAGCCACUGCGGCCUGAAGGCGGUCGUGCACAAAGGUCAGCUCUUCCUCCUGGGGGGCUUCUCCGGCCCGAUGUGGGAACGAGUCUUCUCCGACGCGGUUCUGGCGCUGAGUGAAGACCACACAAGAUGGCUGACCAAGUCCAGCAUGAUCAGCACUAGGUGUGACUUCGCUGUGGUCUCUUUAGGUGAGGAAAUAUUUGUCUCUGGUGGGUAUGGUGGGGAAAAUCCUCGCAGGCGGUUGCAGAAAUGUGAACGCUACGAUGUCCGGGAGGACAAGUGGUUGAUGUUUGCCGAGAUGCAGCACUCUCGCUCUCAUCACUGUAGUCUGGCCAUGGAUGGUCUUCUCUACACUAUUGGUGGAAAAUCGUAUGCGUCUCAGAAACACGCUGACCUGGGCGGCUGGUACCCGGGUGGGGCGAGGAUCGUGUCCAACUUUGUGGAAGUCGCAGAUCCCACGGUGCCGACAACUGACGGGGACCGGUGGAGACGCGUGGCUUCUCUUUGCAAGUCCAGAUGUAAUUUCAGCGCUGUGGUCGUGUGAACUUCACAAGUCCAAGUGUUUAGUUUUAGUACAGGUUUUACGGCGCUCGCAGCUGCAUAAGGUCAUAUGAGCGCCAAGAGGUGGAUGUCAACAGAGAAGUCCUUACAGGGAAUC